UUUUUUUUUUUUUUUUUUGUUCCACCGGAGGGUGAAGAGGUUGUUCGGUUUUUCAGCACCAUGAGAGGACCGGUGGUUUUCCAGAUGUGGAUGGUUUUACUGCUGACCGCCAUGAGCAGAGUCGGGAGGACUCAGGUCGCCACUGCCAAAGUGUUGAGAGGGAACAGCAGGAGAGAAGAAUUGUAUCACAAAGAGGAGGACCUCCUGGUAACGCCGGCGGGUGGAGACAUCCUAAGCCCACGCUACCCCAACGCUUAUCCCCGCAACCUGCUGUUGUCAUGGAAACUGCUGUCACCACCRGGGAGCCGAAUACACCUCGACUUUGAUGGACAGUUCGGCCUGGAGGAUCCUGAGAAUGGAGUGUGCAGGUAUGACUAUGUCGAAGUGGAGGACCAAUUAGAGACCAGGACCAUAAUUUGGGGUCGCUGGUGUGGGCAGAAGGCACCACAAGGGCUGACCUCCAGAGGCAACAAGCUCAGAGUCACCUUCAAGUCUGACGAUUACUUUGUGGCAAAGCCGGGAUUCAAAAUCUUCUACUCGCUGGUGGUCUUUUUUGCAGACAUCCUUGUAGUACAAUUUUGGGCGGCCAGUUGUCCGAACACCUUCUACCAGCUUGCCGUAGAGGAGGUCUUUGGGAAUGCGGCCUGCAUCCAUCCUUCUUACAUGGCCAAGCCACGUGAGGCUGGAGUUGUUCCACACUCUCUGGGUCAGCUUAGCCAUGACUGCUGCUGCUUUGGCAAUUCUGCUGUUGACCUCUGCAUUGAUGGAAAGCAAGCUGGAGAUGGUGGACCCAAGACUGAUGGUCAAUCCAAACUCCUUGCAGGCAUGGGAAAAGUGAUUGACAAGCUGCUGCAGGCCGUCUUCUGUGUGCGACAUCAAGGCUGCAUCAUCAGCAGUUUUCCAACAAUGUUAAGGAGGGAAAUACCCCGGACCUCUGAUGGAAUACUGUUGCUCCCUGGGGCCUUCCCACAAGUGAGGCAGUCAAUGGCUUUGCUGAGCUCUUCCACAGUAGGUAGGGUGUCUAGCUCCUCCAUGACCGACAGGUCUGGAAUGGCGUUGAGAGACAUGGGUGCAAAAGAGACGUCGCCGGCGGUGAGGGAGUUUCCAAUGACGCUUGAGGAUUUAGACAAAACCAUCUCCACGUUUGACUCAGUAGAACAGCUUCUCAAGUCUUUGUACCCAGAAACCUGGAGACAAGACCUGGACAGCAUCUACACGCAAACAUACAUUUAUUAUAGAUCCAGAGCCUAUUAUCUGUCCAGCAAACAAAACAAAGUUGAUCUAAAUCGUCUGUUUGAUGAUGUCAAGCGGUACAGCUGCACCCCUCGGAACUAUUCGGUGAACUUGAGAGAGGAGCUGAGGACCACCAAUGCUGUCUUCUUCCCUCGGUGUUUGUUGGUGAAACGCUGUGGCGGCAACUGUGGCUGUGGGACUAAAGACUGGAACACCGGCUGCACUUGCCGGCCCUCAAAAACAACAACUAAGCUACAUGAGGUGCUGAAGUACGCCCCUGAGGCUAAUCUGUACAGGAACCAACAGAGGCAGCGGGUGCGCUGGGUUAUCGAUGAGGUUUUCCUUGCGCACCAUGAGUCAUGCGAGUGUGACUGUCCCCUCCAGCCUCCUCGCUAGGACACUAUUUGUUUUUUUAGGUCUGGAACUGAUGGAUGAAUUUUUUUUCUGUUUUUCGAAACGGACUUUACAUAAGAAAGCACUGCUGACUAAACACGUAGCAAAGACGAAGCCAGCAACAGACUGAUGAAGUGCAGCUUGUAUUCUGCUCAAAGACAGUAACUGUUACAAGUCAAACAUUUAUUUUCCUCUGUGCGCGGGCCAUUUCUCUCUCCUACAAAUAAAGUUUGACCCCUCGUGCCACAUUUAAAUGCAAUGCCGUGUUGAAAUAGAAGUGGAGCUUCUCCAACAAAAGCAACCUUGGAACAAAAAUUUUCCUCAACAAACCCCAGUACUAAAGACCACAUACUGAGAGAAAAAAAAUCAAAUACAACUUUUAUUUUUCAAAGGAGUUUUGAAAAAUGAUUACUUUAAACUUUCAAGCAGUCAGUUUUUUUUAUUUUUUUUUUAUUUAUUUAUUUUUUGUGUGCAUGUGUGGUAAAAAGACUGUUUCUAGAAACUUGGGCAAGUUCUCUGCCAGAAGCAAGCUGAGAUGAGUAAGUGAUAGACAGAAGGAUGGAAGAAGAAGAAGAAGAAGAAGAAGAAGAAGAAGAAGGGAUGGAGGAAUUUUACACCAAAAUAACACAUUUCUAGAUGUGAAAUUAGGCUAACGACAAUCCUUCAUAUUAAAAUUUCACACCAACACACACACACAUUCAUGGUGAGGCAAAAGAAAACACAGCUAUGUGUGUAAAAUGUGGCUUUAUUUUCCCCCAAAUUUUCAUCUGAAUAUAACGUUUUUCUUGUUGCAUCUCAGUCCAACUGCACACCUCAUUUCUGUCCAAAACACAUCCUUCUACUCGCUGCCUUCAUCCCUCUCUCUCUCUGUAACACAUCAAAAGAAGAUGUCAGAUCAGGCUGCAGCGCCGUGCGCCCAGAUUUUCCUCUGCAUUCCUGGCAUUCCAGCUGCAGAGCGGAAUUCUGCUGCAGUGGAUAAACCCGCGAACCUCAGACCUCUGACACAUACUGUAACAGAGGAAAAGGGAGACAGAAACUCAGGAAGAGCGACAGAGGGGAAGUUUUUAGGAAAGGUGUCUCGUCUAUUUGUAGCUUCGCAGCACUUGAGGAUGAGAGAGAUGAAAUCAGAGCGAUGCCGUUUGUAUCCGCCGAAAAUCCAAACCUAAACCGAUGCAGCUCAGGAAGAAGUCCUUUUGUUUAAAAUGUGGGGGGGUUUCCUACCCGUCUGUGAAAAGCUGGCAGCAAAUGGAAACRUGGGAACGGUUUGUGUGUCUAACCUGUCAGCCUGACAGCAACCGGGCAAGAAUUCAAAUGUCCAAACACACGAUCCUGCUGUACAUCCGUCAUCUCUCCUUCAUCACCCCUCAAUCCAACCGUUCAAACGCUCGGGCCGGGUUUCAGCUGGGAAAAUCUCACGCUGCUUUUGUUCAAAAGACAGGAAAAAAAAUCAUAAGUGGACCUGAUGARGACUCAUCAAUAACAGUAAAACCAAAUCAAAGCAGCAUUUUUAUGUGACUACAUGAUGGUCACAGCUGUUUGCUGCCAGAUGUGGAAUACAUCACUUUCAAGUUUUGUGAGUCACACUCCAGAUAAUUAAUGGCAGACAUUUUUCAUACAAACACAAACACACACACAUGUUGAAAACCGUCUUCAUGUUCUUUGUGACCCUCUGAUUUCAGUUUUUAAGUAAGAUUUUUUUAACAUUUUAUUUCUCCAAAUUGGACUAUUUUGGUUGAUUUUGUUUUGUUUUUGAUUUCCCAAAACUUAAACAAUGAAACUUCAGAUUUAUGCGUAUUCAGGUUUGAAUGAAUGCAAUUCUUAUUUUUCUUCAGGCUCCAUUGUUUUAAAAAGAAAACUUACUUACUUUCAAACAUUUUCUGUCCAAAGUGUAAAGGCCGUACCGUUUUCACGUCAGAGAAAGUUACUGGUUUCAGUUUGAACAAGCAAAAGUCGAUUUGCUGCAGUGAGAAAAAUUAUGACCAAACUCYGUGCUUCUAUUCAAUAAUUUAUUGUGUCUUUCUGUAUUGUCUUAUUAAAAUAUCAGCUGGUUGGUUUUGAUAAAUAAAAUAUUUGUAGCAUUACUGCA